CGCCGGUGCUGGGUGUUCGGGGAAGGUAGCUGCGCAGGAGUAUGGAGUCCAGCGAGGACGAGGGGAGUUGGCUGGAGAAUCAGUGGGAGAAAUGGCUCACACAUGAUAUCACACUGGAAGAGUUUGAAGACGAGGAUUUAUCGGAAAUCACAGAAAUUAGAGAUGGAUGUGGGAUCAGUUUGCAUUGUAAUGAGAGCCGGCACUGCACAAGCCGACUGCGUGCCGAGCCUGUUCCGGCCCCGGGAUUGGGGGCAGCUGCCAGCCGGAUCCAGGCAGAGAUGCUACAGCUGGACCUGAUUGAUGCUGUUCAGAUCACUGAAGACGAGUCUGUGGCACCUGCUGACCCUCGACCACUGCUUCCUCAAUCCAUGGACACCUACAGACCUAAGAGACCCACCACCCUGAACUUGUUCCCACAAGCGCCUCGCACACAGGACACACUGAAUAAUAACUCUCUGGGGAAGAAAUACAGCUGGCAAGAGAGAGUAUCUCAGUCUUCAUCACCAUUAAAGACAGGUGAGACGACUCCAUCUAAUGAACAUGUAUGUCUAAGUGAUGAGGGUAACCCUCCUGCAGUGACUCAGGACCGUGGGACCUCUACUGACACCCCCUGCAGACGUCAUAAUUCUACCCAGAGCAUCACUGAUUCUUCUGGUAGACCUAACAGGUCUCGUCUGGAUCCUCAGAGAGAUCGUAUUCGCUACCAGAUGGAUGUCAGGCUGGAGCCCACAGAGGAGAUAUUUUUAACUCCUGUUCAAAGGAGUUCAGAUCCUCCUGAGCCAGAAAGACCCUUUGUUUCACAAGCUGGACCAUGCCGCAUGUCCAUUAGCUCAGAUGCUGAUAUUACUGGUCGAUCACACAGUGAGGUUAGGCAGCAACUGUCCAUCAGCGAGGAAGAGGAUGAAGAAGGGGAGGAUGGGGUGGGAUACCUGGGUUGUCAUGGAAGAGUGAGUGGUCCACGUGCCCCACAGAGGUCAUCAGUCAGCUCAGACACCAGUGGUUUAUCCUAUGACUCAGUAAAAUACACAUUAGUGGUGGAUGAGAAUGUGCAGCUCCAGUUGGUCAGUCUUCGACAGUGCUAUGCAGGAUACAGUGAUGAUAGUGACAGUGGUACUGUGUAUGACAACUGUGUCUCCUCACCCUAUGAGUCUGCCAUUGGGGAGGAUUAUGAAGAGGAGGAAGAGGAGCAUGUGGGCACCUCUGGAAGAGAGGAGGGUCGAGUACGACGGUCCAUGUGUCUCUCCGAGGCAUCCUCCCCAGAUGGUGAAAUUUCCUACUCCAAAAAAUUUCUAAAUGUCUUCAUGAAUGGACGUUCACGCUGCACUAGUGCAGACUCCUUUGGGUUAUUUUCGUGCCUAAUAAAUGGUGAGGAGCGAGAACAGACACACAGAGCGGUAUUCAGGUUUAUGCCUCGUCACCCUGGGGAGCUGGAGCUGGAGGCAGAGGACCCACUCCUUGUAGAGGUUCAAGCGGACGAUUACUGGUAUGAGGCAUAUAACAUGCGGACUGGGGAACAUGGCAUCUUUCCAGCUUACUAUGCAGUCCAGGUUGUCAAGGAGCCAGAGCAUGAAGCAGCAUGUAGAGGUCCUAAUUGGGUGGAUCAAUUUUGGGUGAAGUUUCUGGGCUCUGUGCAGGUUCCGUACCACAAGGGGACUGACGUACUAUGCACAGCCAUGCAAAAGAUUGCUACGUCACGUCGUCUCACAGUUCUCUCAAACCCUCCAUCCAGCUGUAUCCUGGAGAUCAGCAUGCGGGGAGUGAAGAUUGCUGUGAGGGAGGAAGACCCCCAGGAUUACACACAGCAAAUAAAUACAUGCAGUCAUUUCUUCCAGUUAAAUAAUAUAUCAUUCUGUGGCUACCAUCCGAGAAAUAGCAAAUAUUUUGGCUUCAUUACCAAGCACCCCUCAGAUCAUCGCUUUGCUUGUCAUGUCUUUGUCUCAGAAGAAUCUACCAAACCUCUGGCAGAAUCAGUUGGGCGAGCUUUUCAGCAGUUUUACAAAGAAUAUGUGGAAUACACAUGCCCCACAGAGGACAUUUAUCUGGAGUAGCCAUAGUGUGUUUUCUGGAUACCUUUUUUGUGCAUGGACUGCUCGUGUCUGGGCGGAGGAGGAAUACAGGAUGUUUUCAGACUUUUGGGACGGGGCAGCAGAUUAACUCAAGCCUUUUGAGCCUCUGUUCUGUGGGACUGGGCAUGGAUAUGAGGGCGAGAGUGAUGCCCUGCUAUAACUUACCCAAAUAUCGCUCUCCCUGCUCUUGCCUUAGGGACCCCCCAUGUGUAUACCAAAUGCUGGGUGCAGACUGAAGACGACUGUGCUGAGCAAUAUUUUAUUAGCAGCGUCCACCCAAAACAUGGGAAGCACAAAAAGGAAACCGUGCAGGAGGGAGCGCAUCAGACUUACAGGGAACCAGAGACGCAGCAGUGAGUGAGUCAUAGAGACAGUGCAGAAUGAAUGAGUGUACUGAAAGUGUGUGCACAGGGCAUAGCGUCGGCUGAAGGAAGCAUCACAUCUACAUGAGUACUCUUCAGAUUCAUGCAUGAAAGCAGAGUUAGAGGAGUGUUGAUAAAGGAGGACAGCACCAAGCAUAUGGUAUUUGUGUAAAAGUCUUUGGAGAGUGCACUAGAAGAUGUGAUGUGAACAAUAAGAUUAUAAGGAGAGUUAUAGCUUGAGUGCUCCAUUUGUCAGGCACAGAGCAGACUGAUGUAAUGUUUAGAAGGUAGUGUGAGUGAUCAAUAAGCUGGAAAUGCUAUCUAAGGUUACAGAGCACGUGAGCAUUUGUGUACAGCUGGUGCAUACUGUUUGUAAGGUACAGAGUGACUGAAUAGUGAGCUACAGCUGGUGAGGGAUGUCUGUCAAGUACAAAGUGAGUGAGUGAGCAUUAACACUUAGCUACAGCUGGCGAUUGAUGUCAGGUACAGAGCGAGUGAGCAGUGAGCUACAGCUGGCGAGUGAUGUCAGGUACAGAGCGAGUGAGCAGUGAGCUACAGCUGGCGAGUGAUGUCAGCUACAGAGCGAGUGAGCAGUGAGCUACAGCUGGCGAGUGAUGUCAGGUACAGAGCGAGUGAGCAGUGAGCUACAGCUGGCGAGUGAUGUCAGCUACAGAGCGAGUGAGCAGUGAGCUACAGCUGGCGAGUGAUGUCAGGUACAGAGCGAGUGAGCAGUGAGCUACAGCUGGCGAGUGAUGUCAGCUACAGAGCGAGUGAGCAGUGAGCUACAGCUGGCGAGUGAUGUCAGCUACAGAGCGAGUGAGCAGUGAGCUACAGCUGGCGAGUGAUGUCAGCUACAGAGCGAGUGAGCAGUGAGCUACAGCUGGCGAGUGAUGUCAGCUACAGAGCGAGUGAGCUACAGCUGGCGAGUGAUGUCAGGUACAGAGCGAGUGAGCUACAGCUGGCGAGUGAUGUCAGCUACAGAGCAAGUGAGCUACAGCUGGCGAGUGAUGUCAGGUACAGAGCGAGUGAGCUACAGCUGGCGAGUGAUGUCAGGUACAGAGCGAGUGAGCAGUGAGCUACAGCUGGCGAGUGAUGUCAGCUACAGAGCGAGUGAGCAGUGAGCUACAGCUGGUGAGUGAUGUCAGGUACAGAGCGAGUGAGCAGUGAGCUA